AUGGAAGCGGUUCUCUAUAAGAGACCGAUAGCAAUCAGCGUUCAUACGCUGACAACCUUGACAGCAAACUUCAAGGUAUACGCGGAACCAAUUGCGUUCUCGCAAGACGAACAAUCCCAACUCGAUGAAGCCCAAGCGGCCAUCGACCUCAUAAGUGGGGGGAUUAACCAACUAAACAAAGCCAAAGAGGAUCUAAAAAGCCUCCUAAACCAAUUCAAAGAGUACUAUAGCACGAGCACAAAAGACGAAAAGAAAAACUUGAACAACGCUAUCGAGGAGAUAGAAAGGGAGACCAAUUUCAAUGAGGUCUUAGGAAAAGCAACAGAGAUGGUCUUCAUGCUGGAGUCACGCAUGACUGAGGCCAAAAGCGCAAAAAACAGACUGAUGCGAAAAAUUUCACUGGAUAACCGUCCAGAUAUGUUCAAAAGCAUGGAAGCAGAUGAGAUACAAAGAAAAAAUUCUCAAGAACAAGUGAUUGAUGACACCCCAAUGAUUACCAGUCAGGGUGAAGUAGUGAAAGUUCAACGAACGAGGCGCUUACGUCUGUCUUUGAGUAGGAAUAUCAAAAAAAUCGCAGUGCUCACUACUUCCGAAGGAUGUGAUCUUGCUACUUCAAACACUGUGAUGUAUAUUUACGAUAUGGCUGAAUGCCCUAUGACUAGGAUGAAUGGAGAGGCAAUUGACAAUCUCUCGAUUGAUGCACACCCUGUUGAACAAGCUCUUGUAAUCAAAUACCACGUUGACGAUGGUAGAUCCCGACGAUCUUCCGAAUGUCAGAAGCUGAUAAACCUCAAAGAUCUCAAUGAGGAUGUGGAUAUUCGAUUGCUCACCAAUGUUGUGAUGGAAAAAUGCGCUCUUAUACCGGAAUCCAUGCGAGAAGAAGUGGAGCAGGUUUUAUACUAUCUACAAAAGAGAGCUACGGAUCGCUCUAGACGUUCGCGUAGCGCAUCGUCAGUCGGCUCACAGGAGUCAAACGCUGCUUCCCUUCCUAUACGAGCUGAAAUGGACCAAGUGGAUAAUUACAUCGAACUAUUUUACGAGGAGACGCCGGAGAAGAAUCGUGGUGCUCUUUGCAUCUUGGAACUGACUAAAACCACUGCUAACCUGGAAGUUCUCAUAGAGAAUGAGACUCUAAUCGGAGCCUUGGCGCGUGUAUUCCGUGAAGAUUGGAAGAAGAAUUUUGAUCUAGCUACCACCAUAGCUCGCAUUUUCGUGCAGUUCUCCUUUUACAAUCAAUUCCAAGCAGUUCUUUCGCAUCACAAGAUUGGAGCACUCUGCAUGAAUGCCAUGGAGUACGAGCUGAAGCGUGCUGACGUGUGGGCUGCAGAGGCUCAAAAUUCAGACGAGAAAACUGCUCGAAAGUGCCGAUUGGCUAUACGUAAGCAACAGGCUUUGCUAGCGGCAUGCAUAUCGCUUCUCACGAAUCUGGCUCAUGACAUCAGUGUGGAGUUAAAAAUGGUGCGACGUGAUAUUGUGCCAAUGCUCAUGAAGUGCUUGACUUUUCGUGACUCAGCGGAAUUGACCUUGGCCACUGUGCAGUUUCUCCUCAAGCUCAGCAUGUUCGAAGAGAACAAAACGGCUCUGGAACAAGGCGAUAUAGUAAGCAGAUUGUUGCAACUCUUCCCUAUUGGUGAUGUAGAGUUACGAAAAUCUACUAUACGUCUACUGUUCAACUUGUCGUUUGAUCCUAAAGCUCGUGCAAAGAUGGUUGCUGAGGGCUUGGUCGCACAUGUGGCUCCGCUUAUUGAAAACGAUGCUAAAGCAUUGAAUCUCCUUUACCAGCUGAGUAUAAACGACGAUGCGAAGGCUAUGUUGACUUUCACCGAUGCCAUGCAACUGCUGAUGCGUGAUUUGCUUACUGGCAAUGGUAGUGAAGUGACAAAAGCUGUAUUGCUGAAUGCUUGUGCUGAAAAGAGGAAUGCGCAGCUGGUUUGCGGUCCAGACGGCCAAGGGCUCAGUCUUCUCUUGGAUGCAGCGCUAGAUGGUCGCGAUUUGAUGGUAGCCAAGAUUGUUCGCAGCAUCGCAUGUCACGAGGGACCAACACAAGAUAUGUUUGUGAGUGUAAUGCCUCGCCUUUUGGAGGCGGGCAUGAAAAAUUCAAUCAUGCCCGAGGACGAGAACGCAGCGUUGGGACUCGAAUUCAUUGCUACUGCAGCCGUUAUUAGAGUGGCCAAUUGGAGCAAUCUCUGCACAUCCCACGACCUUGUGAAAUGGAUGGGGGAACGACUAAAGACGCCCGCUGGUCAGAUCGAGCCGUUGCAACUCCAGGUUGUUAUAAUGUGCGGCACAAUGGCUAGACAAGUUGAUGCUGCUAGAAACUUGGUUCCACUUUUGGACGUCUUUCUUCAGCUUCUCCAUUCUAUGCAAGAAGAUGAUGAAUUUGUGGUGCAAUUGUUAUACUUGUUCCUGCAGCUGUUACGGCAUAGGGAAUUGGCAAAUCGCUUGAUGGGAGCUGAUUCAGCAUUGGGAGCCUACGUACUCGAUCUAAUGCACGAUAAGAAUCCAGCAAUACGAGAAAUGUGCGACAAUGCUCUUGUGAUUAUAGGAGAGCAUUCCCAAGAAUGGGCUCGUCGGAUCGCUGGUGAAAGAUUCCGUUGGCACAAUGCGCAGUGGUUGGAUACUAUCGAAGGCGGUAUCGCUUGCGAUGAAGGUGCAGUAAUGGACGAUGAUUAUGUGCCUGGCAUGUUGUUCGAUGACCAGUUCGAUGAUGGCUUUGAUCUUAAUGUUGAUGAACCACUAUUUUGACUUACUAUGUGCUUUCACUGAUUGUUUUGCAAGUGAAUAGGUGUGCUUUGUUCAUUUAGUAGCUUGGCGGAGCCCCCUUUUUCUUUCUUGGAGUGGGUUAGUGACCAGUAUCGAAUUAAGGACAUGCGCGAAAAUCACUGAACUGAUUUUUAUCGUCCUAAUCGUUGCGCAGUGUCUGCUUCGAAUUAUCCCUUUGAUACAUGACACUUAUUCAAUUGCGUCAGCACGCGCACAAGAGUCAAAAUGUUGAAUCUUAAUGUCCUACUUUCCAUAUCUCUAUGUAAUUAUUCGUUUCUCGAUUGUGGACUAGUCAUACCUGCCUUUCAAGAUGUGUUAACUGUUUGCAUAAUGAUAUCUGCACGAGUUAGAAGCUGAUCUCAAUGAAUC